UGUCGAUGUGAUUCCACCAGUCUAUCACCGCCGUCCUUACCCAACACUGACCAGAACUCGCUACUUUUCCUACCUUGCCGUUGUAUAAAACCAGUGCCCCCUCUUCUCCUUCAACCUGCAAUGGCCACGAUGGGCAUGCGCAGACCGCGCUUUUACCAAAGCCCUCCCUCUCUCCCUCCUAUAACGGGUAGGCUGGGCUUCGUCUGACCUAAUUAGACACCAUCCAUCACCUAUCUCCCGAAUACUAUACGCCUUCUUCCUGAGCAGACAAAACUCGGAACCUUUCUUUCAACCGCACGCAAUGUCUGACGACUGGCAGCACGUCCCGCGGACCUGGGCCGACAAGACCCGUCAGCCUACGCAGUCGUCCGCGGCCGCUGCCGCUACUAGUGCUGGUGCUGGUGCUGGUGUUCCCGGCGACGCCAGUGCCCCCGCCGGCAACAUGCUUGCCCGCUGGCUCGCCGAGCCGGCCGGCUCCUCUCCCUUCAACACCGUCGGCCAGGUGCGCCGGGUCCACGGCGCUUCGGGUUCUCCUGACCGUGCCCCGGCUCCCGCUCCUUCCACCAACCACGCCACCACCGGCUCGGCCAAGGAGUAGUUGCCGGUGUCAUCAGCACCUCGGCACGAUGGUAUAUAGUGUCAAGAAUGAGGCUCCGUCGGCUGCAUGGGCGCUUGCAUGUCGCUGCCGGAGUGCGCAUGCCGCGUUAUUAAGCAGCGCCCACCCCUUUCCAGCGAAGGCGACA